GUAAGGCACUGGAAGUCUGCGAGCAUGGAGGCGGCGCGCCCUCCCUCGACGACAGGGAAGUUCGUGGUGGUCGGCGGUGGCAUCGCGGGUGUCACCUGUGCGGAGCAGUUGGCAGUUCACUUUCCAUCAGAAGAUAUUCUCCUGGUGACAGCUUCUCCUGUUAUUAAAGCGGUUACAAAUUUCAAGCAGGUUUCUAAAGUAUUGGAAGAAUUCGAUGUUGAAGAACAACCAAGUACCAUGUUAGAAAAUCGCUUUCCCAACAUUAGGGUUAUAGAAUCUGGAGUAAAGCAACUGAAGAGUGAAGAACAUUGCAUUUUAACGGAAGAUGGCAGUCAGCAUGUGUAUAAGAAACUCUGUCUGUGUGCUGGAGCUAAACCAAAGUUGAUAUGUGAAGGAAAUCCUUAUGUAUUAGGAAUCCGAGACACAGACAGUGCUCAGGAAUUUCAGAAACAGCUUACCAAGGCCAAAAGAAUAAUGAUCAUAGGGAAUGGUGGUAUCGCACUUGAAUUAGUGUAUGAAAUUGAAGGCUGCGAAGUAAUUUGGGUCAUUAAAGAUAAAGCUAUUGGGAACACUUUCUUCGAUGCAGGAGCAGCCGAAUUCUUGACUUCAAAGCUCAUUGCUGAAAAACCAGAGGCUAAAAUUGCACAGAAAAGAACCAGAUAUACAACUGAAGGAAGGAAAAAGGAAGCACGAACCAAAGCUGAUGCUGCUCAUGUCGGCAGUGCCCUGGGACCUGACUGGCAUGAGGGCUUGAAUCUUAAAGGAACAAAAGAGUUUUCUCAUAAGAUUCACAUUGAAACUAUGUGUGAAGUAAAGAAAAUCUACCUUCAGGAAGAAUUGAGAAUUUCUAAGAAAAAGUCCUUGACUUUUCCAAGAGACCGUAAUACUCAGUCAGUUUCAACUGAUAAAGAGAUAUGGCCUGUAUAUGUGGAAUUGACCAAUGAAAAGAUAUAUGGCUGCGAUUUCAUUGUCAGUGCUACAGGGGUUACACCAAAUACAGAACCUUUCCUCUGUGGCAACAAUUUUGAUCUAGGAGAAGAUGGUGGCCUGAAAGUGAAUGAUCAUAUGGCCACGUCCCUUCCUGACAUCUAUGCUGCAGGUGACAUCUGCACUGCCUCCUGGGAACCCAGCCCAGUGUGGCAGCAGAUGAGGCUGUGGACCCAGGCUAGACAGAUGGGAUGGUAUGCAGCCAAGUGCAUGGCGGCAGCUAGUUUAGGAGACUCCAUUGACAUGGAUUUCAGCUUCGAACUUUUUGCUCAUGUAACAAAAUUUUUUAACUAUAAGGUUGUAUUGCUGGGAAAAUACAAUGCACAGGGCUUAGGUUCAGAUCACGAAUUAAUGCUAAGAUGUACCAGAGGACAAGAAUACGUCAAAGUCGUCAUGCAAAAUGGGCGAAUGAUGGGAGCUGUCCUAAUUGGCGAAACUGACUUAGAAGAAACAUUUGAAAACUUGAUUUUAAACCAGAUGAAUCUUUCAUCAUAUGGAGAAGAUCUACUGGAUCCAGAUAUUGAUAUAGAAGAUUAUUUUGACUAAAAAGAACAUUUCAAGAACCACAUCAAGUUCCAAAUAAGACAAAAUGUCACAUGUCAAUAAAGUAAAUGACUGUACUGAUUUAAUGAUGACCACAUUGAAGUUAAAAAUACAGAAGUGAUAAUGAUUUCGGGGGAAAAUAUUAAAAAAUAACAAUUUCUAAAGAUAAAAUCAAUUCAAAUUAACUUAUUUACAGAUAUUUUUUCUAACACAAAAUUGACCACUUAUGUAAGAAUUCUCAAGUUAUUCAUUUCUGUGUUUAAUAGUUUUAGACACGUUCAUUUGUGACUUAGCUUUACAGCAGAUUUAGCUAGGUUGUUAUCUACUUAGCCAACAACUUGGUCUUGGUUAGUAGACGAGAGCCAGUCUGUAAUUGUGAAAUGUCAAAAUAGGGCUGUGGUUUCAGGAAGCUUAUAAUUUUAUUUUACUUAGAGAUGUAGCAGUAUCUUACUUGC